UCACAUUAAAAAAAACUAAAUUUUGAAAUUUUAUUAUUUUAAAGUUUAGUAUUAUUAUUAUAUUUUAUCCAAGUUAAAUUUUAUCUCGAAAAACUGUUUUGGAUAUUAUUUCUCCCAAAUGCUUCACACCAAAACAAAAAGUAAAUAUUAAUAAAAUUAACUCUGCACAUAAUUUUUUUCGCCAGAAACGCCACAACUUUCGACUCUGACACCAUCGAUGUCGCCGGGUCUAAAAAGUUUAUCGAAUGGGACAUUUGGGAAGAUCGCACCAUCAAGCGCGCCGUCCGAUGGACAUCCUGCGCCUCGUCUGUCCUGGUGGCUUGCGGAUUCAAUGCGGCCGCUUUUUCGCAGUACGGUCAAGGCUUAUCCGCCGACCCGGUUGUCGCCCCACCAAAACCAGGCUCAUCAGCAGGACCUCCUCCACCCACGGUCAAUAAAACCAAACCCGCCGUCGCGAAGGAUGACUCCGAGUAUGAGAUGGACAACUGCGACUAUUUUGACGACCUUAAUAUCGACAUGGUUCACGGUCGCGCGGUUGGCGAUGCGGCUGGAACUUUGGGUGGUAGCUCGGCAAACAUCGCCUGUGCUAUGGUGGGCUGGAUGUUCAGCGGUACUUGUGGUGGUGGCAAGGCGAAAAAGACCAUUUACAUUAAAAAGGUCGUGCCGACGCAUCCUAUCAAUGGUGGAAUGCCGCCAGGACCUCCCGGCUCAACGGGACCGCCAGGCCCUCCUGCCGUUUAUCUGCCACUCGGGACGCCAAAUUUGCCUCCAAUGCCUCCAUUUAUGGACGGGAUCACGCCAACUUCCGGGAUUUUCUACCCGGACAACCACCAAAUUCCUCCCGUUGAUGGAACAAUGGUGCCUUUCGGUCCGAAGAAACCUUACUUGUUUCAGGCCACAGAUGGAAAUACUUUUGGAGGAAAACUCCCCAAAGAUAAGGGAACUACGGGGUCCUACGCGCCGCCAAAUAGUUCGCCAAUUCAUGGAAUUAUGCUUCCUGUAGCGCCAGGGUCUGGAAUUUUCAUUCCAGACGGAAUGGCGUACCCUUCUCAAUUCUCUGCCGGAUCGACACCCGUUCAUGCUUAUUCCAUCCCUGGAUUUCCAGGACAUCCAGACAUUUGGGUUCCAGACUCGGACAUGACGAACCCACUGCGUCGUGGCGAUCAAAACACACCCGUGCAAGGAAAUGUCGUCCCAGAUCCUCCCAACGUUGCACAACAACCGCCCAAACCGGGUCAACUUCUCUUAAACAAGAUGCCCAUUCUAUUCGUACCGAACAGUUUGAACCCAGCGAAAUCCGUAUUUACGGACGAUCCACACCAACUGUCCCCCAUUUCUGGUCUCUUAAUCCCUGCUCCACCUGGAAAUCCAGAAGUCUUUAUUCCAGACCGCGACGAACAAGUCCAAGGCCUUAAACCACCCCCGCAAGGAAUGAUGACGCCAAAUCCACCCUCCCCCAAACCCGCCGAGCAUGGCCUUCUCUUCCCCGGACUUACCGGGACUGACCCCCUCUUCAUUCCAGACGAGGCCGGUGGGUUGUACAAGUUUAACCCUACCGACCCUUCAAGACCACCCAGCGAUGGUGUUUUAACCCCCGCAAAUCCACAAACGAUCAACGACUACUUUCCCAAUCAGCAACAACCUCCGAAACCUGCGGUCAUUCCGGGAGUUAUGACGCCGGUCAAUAAUCCCAAAAAGAAGGACCCAAUUCCAGGAAAUUUGAUCAUUAAUAAACCUCAGGCUCCAUUUCCAUUCAUUCCGAAUGGUGUUGGGACAAGCGGAGUUCUAAAACCGGACGAUGGUCGACCCCCAGUGAUGGGAAUUUGGACGCCCGGCUUUCCCGGUGGGCCGGACGAGUUUGUCCCGUACGAUGAACCCACGGGAGGAAUAAAUCCCCCCAUGAAGGGACCCUUCUCCCCCGAUAAUAAUCCAGCAGCCAGCGUUCCAGCGCAAACUGGACCACCUGUCCGACCCGGAGGCCCACCUACGAUCAGCGGCGGACCACGUCCUCCCGCAAACAUGGCGCCAGUACCAGACCAACCUGCGGGAGGAGGAGGAGGGGGACCUGGCGCUGGUGGUGGUGGCCCUGGUGGUCCACCUGGUGGCGGAGGGGGAAAAUUUGUUCCGGACAAUCCUCCUGGAGGAAAUCCAUCUCCUAUGAAUCCAGUGUCUCCCCCUGUUGUUGGGCAGCCUAUUCCGUUCAACCCUUCGGGACCAUUUCCCCCUGGGAAAUUCCCCAGAGGAACGGCUGAGAUUCCAUCACUCCCACCACAACAUGGCAAAGUUGUCCCGCCCUUGAGUCCCGGUGGACCAGCGACUUUUGUUCCAGAUCCUGCCGAAACUUCUCCAGGUUCUUUCACUCCAAGUAACCCGCCUGGAUCACAGCCAAAACCGGGUUUUAUUGGUCCCCCGUCCCCACCACGUGAAGGGGAACCUACCAAAUUCACACCGGAUAAUCCCGCCGACGCUCCAAAAGCAGACACACCUGGUACACUUUCUCUCCCUGGACAGCCACCAGAUCGAGGCGUUCUUCAUCCUCCCCCGUACGAAGGCGCACCCUGUCCAUUCACCCCAUUCUCACCAACAUCAUUCGUUCCGGAUAAAAAUCCAUCCACCGUAGAAGGCUCUACACCACCGGGUCCUAUUCCGAAUGGCGAUCCACGACAAGAAGUUCCCUUCUAUCCAGACAAUCCACUCCAAGUCCCACCAGGGGUUGCGCCACAGAGAGGCAAUUUACGAAGACACGGCUCACCGGAUACGCCGGGAAUCUUAAAGGCACCCGCAGGACCGGGAGCUACGCCACUCUUUGUUCCAGAUCCGAUUAACUCGAAACCUUGUGAGCUCGUCCCUGAUCAAAACCCAAUGAAUCCCUCUUCCGGUUCCGCCGUCCUGCCGUACAAUCCAUCGGAUCCUAUCGCGUUCAAGCCGGACGAUAAGAGCACCGUUCCCCCAGGAGAGAAUAAGGGAAAACUACGCAUGCCUGGUGUUAAUCCGCCUGAACAACAUGGCACAAUCAAAAAUCCACCAGACGCAUUUUCUCCGGUCCUCUUCACACCGGAUAAACCAGCGAUCUUCACGCCUUCUACGCCCCCCGGAUCACCACCCGUCCCUGGAUUCAAAGAAGACCCUAAAACCCCACCUUACCCGGGUGGACCUCCUUCACCGGUAAAAUUUUACCCAUCCGACCCCGCUCAAUUGACACAAGUUCCCACGCCAGGGACGCUCUCGGCCCCAUCGGACCCCGCAUUUCGACCAAUCAAUGGCUUACUACGACCCGACUACCCGCCACCAGCCUACUCAUUUUUGCCGUUCAAUGAAGGUACCUUCACACCGGACGACACUCGAGUACCCGCCCCUGGUGGGGUCGAACCGCCCGCGGUACCUGGAGAAAAUCCGAAAUUCUACCCGACAAAUCCAUCCAGUUUGAAUCCUGGUCCGACUCCGGGCACUUUAUCGACCGGUCCAGCCCAGCCCGAACAACAUGGGACUUUACAACCCUCCCCUUCACCACCGAGCGGACCUCGACCCUUCACACCUGACCCGCAGGGGUCAUUCUACCCGGAUUCCAACCCGGCCAACGUUAUCUCCACCUCGAUCCAACCGUCAGGUCCAAAUCCGACAGAUCCGAUCAAAAUCCGACCCACAGUUCCCGGAAAUCCUAUCCCACCGGGCGGUGGGACCCUAAAAGCGCCCGGAAAAGCGGAUCAACACGGUUCCGUUGUACCCCCAAACUUACCCGGAGGUCCAUAUACUUUCAGUCCGGACCCACCCUGCAGUAAACCGGCGAAUUUCUUACCGGAAAAUAACCCAGGGGCUCCUGUCCCUGGAACGUAUAGCGAUAAUCCGCCCUCUUUCAAGCCUUCCAAUCCUGCCGGACUUCCACCCAUGCCGGCGAGAGGUUCUAUCCAGCCGACAAAUCCACCAGGAUCGCCGCCUAUGACUGGGUCACUGUCUCCAGGAAUGCCUGGGGGACCUUUGAACUGGACGCCCGACUCUGCCGCGACGUUCCACCCUGACGAUAAGGCUUAUCCUCCUGUUCCUGGGACGUGUCCCUUGCCCAAAACCCCAGAAGAAUCUGUUCCAUUCUAUCCCACAACUCCGUCCUCAAUGCCACCUGGAACGCCAAAAGGGCUCUUGGUCUUUCCAGGCAAUCCGGAUAAGCGAGGAACAAUGGAACCCAACCCACAACGGACCGCUCAACCAUCCUGGACCUUUAAACCUGACCGACCUGACACCACUUUUAUCCCUGCGAUAAAUCCAUCCACUCAAAUACCCGGGUCAUCCAGCCCACCAUCCACACCGGGCGCUCCAUUUCCUUUCUUUCCUCAAAAUCAGGCCCAAAUGCCGCCAGGGGGACCGUUCAAGGGAAAUAUGAAUCAACCCGGACAGCCCUCAAAGACGGGGACGCUGCAACCCCCAACAGGACCUGGAGAACCGUACAUGUUUCAAGAACAGCCAGCUUCCCUCUUCUACAAGGACUCCGAUCCCUUUAAUCCCGUCUCUGGAACGGCAGACCGACCUCCCAACGACCCUACGGGCUCACUCCCAAUUCCAUUCGACCCCUCGAUCCCAGCCCAAUUUUCGCAAGCUAUUCCAAUCGAUACGGCAGGAAUUUUGAAAUCGCCGGGUUUUACGGACACCCAUGGACACAUGGACCCUGCUAAGGGUCCUGGGCAGAAGCCAAAAUUCUAUCCAGAUCCGCCUGGAUCGAAGCCGGCCAGUUUUUUCCCUGAUCGCUCCCCUUACGCUCCGGUCGAGGGGGUCCUUUCUCCCGGACCAACUCCCUCCGACCCACAAACAUUUCGACCAGGAGACGCCAGCAAACUCAACCCGUCUGGGGAAGACCAUGGACAAAUUGUUCCCAAAGUUCCACCAGGUUCUCCUCCCGAAUCUGGGACACUAUCCCCACCUACCUCUCCUGGGGCACCGUACACUUGGACUACUGACCCCGAAGGGUCAACGCCUGCUUGGUUUUACGAAGAUUCUAAACCCACCCAUCCAAUUCGAGGGUUAUACAUUCCGCCUCCUCCAGGCUCAGGCCCUGAAGCGUCGUCGGCCUUCAAACCCACCAAUCCAAGAGAUGGACCAACUCGGGAUGAACAUGGUCAAAUGAAAAGAGACAAUCCACCGAAUUCUCCGCCGGAAGUAGGAACCCUUAAACCCCCAGUGGCGCCCGGAUUGCAUCCGUUUGUGCCUGACGCAAAAACCGGAAUUCCUGCCAUGUUUUAUCCCGAUAUCAGCGAUGGGAACCCAAUCGAAGGAGAAUACACGCCAGGAGCGCAAGCAAAUACGCCAGGAACUUUCAAGCCAAAACAUCCACCUGUCACGGCACAACUUCCAGCGCCGGGACAAAUGUGUCCCACCGGGCCGAAUCAGCACCAAGUUCACGGCGUCUUAAAAGCAGCACCCUUUCCCAACAUGCCAAUGAUGUUCAAUCCUGACGACAAGAACGGCAUUCCCGAAUACGAAGUGUCCCUCGUCCCACAAGGAGAACAACUUCCGUCGCAAAUCCAAAUUUCGCAAACUACCACAGUCAGCAUUCGCGGAUCGUAUUUCAAAUCCACCAUCACCACCAAGAUUUUCAUCACCUACACCGGAACCACGGGAAUUUUUGUCAUCAACGGUGUCCCGCCCGGCGAUCCGAACAUGAAAGCCCUUUGCUGCACCUUUGUCCCUAAACAGUCUGGCGAUGGGGAUGCCAUUCUGACGCCGGAUAGUUCUGCGGCAAAACAAGGUUGUCUCCCUCCAUCCCAAAUUCCUCCUGAUUCCCACGGCGUCUUUUAUCCUGCGGGUUCUACAGUUACUGGAGUUCCUGGAAACAUAAGUCCGAAUCCGAACAACCCAGCAGAAUAUAUUUUCCGCCCAGGCUCUCUCCCACAGGAGGGAACUUGGAAAUCGGAAACGAAAUCGGGCUGCUUCAUGUUUAACGAAAAAGCUCAACUUAUGCCGUUCGACAUGGCGUGGAUUAAAAAGAGGGAAGAGGACUAUAACAAACCACAGGCGGCCAUGCGAGCCUUCAAUUUCCAAGGGUCUGCCAAUCCGCAAAAGUGGGACGUUUUUAUCCCCAUUGAGGGAACAAUGGGCAAAUUCCAAGUGGCCAAUUCACAAACUGUAAUUCACGGAUAUUUAAAACCCAACCCAGAAGGCCCCGUCGAACAAGGAGCUUUUACACCAGACGACCCCAUAAUUCUGCAGGGUAUCGCCUCUACGUCCGGCGGUACGGUGAUGGGUAGUUUCGAGCAGGAUGAGUCUCCCGUAUCGACGGGAAUCGUUCCCAACAACGGAAUUUCUGGAAGUAUCCAUUUCGCCGGCGACUUUCAAAUGACGUUCAAUCUGCCCGGACGAAAGGGAAAUCUCACACCCGGAAAACGAUCCGUCCCCGGAUUUUUUGUCUACUGUUUCGGCUUAAUUCAAAACGUACAAGACACCAAGGCGCACGAAACUGUGUCAAAUCCCGUCCAACCAGGGAGAAAUUUAUUAAAAGGUCGCAGCUUUGGCCAACCCAGUCCUAUAUCGAUCGGACGCUCUUUUGGCCGACCCAACAAACCUGUCCAAGACCCCUCCCUUGCCCCAAUAUCGGGUCGUUCAAUGGGAAAAGUUGACCCCUCUCGUGUCACGUCGGAAAAUAUGCCGGCAUGCGACGCUCUGAAUCAAGAUUUUGGUGGCUUUUUGCAACAUCAAGGAGGCCCCGGUGCUCAGCAAGUGUUAUUCGAAAAGACAACCGAGACAAAGACGGAAACUCACGAAGAAACCAAGGAGGAAACGGAACAAAUCAUCACUUCAUCAUCCCCACCCCCAAUGUCGAUGGGGAUGCAAGUCGCGCAAAAUCAGAUGGCCGCCAUGCAGCAAAUGGGCGGAUUUCCGGGCGGUAUGAUGGGUCCACCUGGACCUUACGGGGGAAUGAUGGGUCCUUACGGUGGUGGUCCCAUGAUGAUGAUGCCCCCACAAGGGAUGUACGGCGCCAUGAUGCCCGGACCCGGGGGAGGGAUGAUGCCCAGCUUUGGAAUGGGUGGAUAUGGUAUGUCGCCUGGACAAGGCAUGAUGCCUCCUGGACCGGGAAUGAUUCCCCCUGGAUAUGUCAUGGUACCUGACCCUCCGGGACAAGGCCAAAUGCCUCCCGGGUUCGGUAUGCCGCCCGGACAGGGCAUGAUGCCACCCGGGCAAGGAGGAAUGAUGCCUCCUGGGUUCGGUAUGCCUCCCGGGCAGGGAAUGAUGCCUCCCGGGAUGAUGCCCCCCGGGAUGAUGGGUCCUCCUGGGUUCGGUAUGCCUCCCGGGCCAGGAAUGAUGCCUGGAGGGGGCAUGAUUCCACCCGGAUAUGUCAUGGUACCUGACCCCCCUGGUUUUGGCGUGCCACCUGCAGAAGGAGGAGUGACGAGCAAGAUCUCGCACAAGUCUUCGUCGUCACACGACUCCACGGAAGAAUCGCGCACACUCGUCCAAUCCGCUAGUGAGCAGCAACCGGGAGGAGAACAUCUCCCAUCCAUUGGUCGGUCAAUGCCGGGGCCAUCCUCGGUUGGACUUGUCGCGAUGCCGGAAGACCUUCAAAAGCAGCUUAUCGCUCUCGGAGGUCGUCCAAUGACACAGGAAGAAGUCAGCAAACACUUAACACCAGAUAUGAUUGCACAAGUUCAGGCUCAAUUCCAACAACAACCACCACAAAUUGGUCGUUCCAUGGGUCGUCCGAGGGGUCCACCUCAACAAUCUGAAGAGGCUGGUCAAUUUAUUCCUGCGGGACCAGACGAGGUCAAGUCAACAGCGGCCGGACAAGUGGACGGAGUCGCGUAUACGAGCACGACUGGGUGUAAUAUUUUCGUGGCGAGUUCUGGAACUUUCGGAACAUUUCAUCUCACCACUGCAACAUCCACGUUAAAACAAGCCACGGGAAAAUUCCUUAACGGAGCAGACUUGAACACUGCCUCCAUAAAAUCGCCACAUUCGCCAGAACUCGUCGACGCCUUAAAAGCGUCUCCCACCGCGAGUGGCGUUUUUGUCCCGUCGGGCGGGUCUGGAGAACACGGCGCUAUUCAAGUUACCGUUUCCCUCGUGGGAUCCGAUAUCGUGAUCACGUUGCUAAUCCCAGGCGUUCAUGGACAUCUCCGCGUCGGGGAGGAUGCUGAUCCUAACCUCGGCGAACCAGCCGUCACCAUGAUGAUUGGUGGUUCAAGUGAUGACUCGCCACAAAAUGACGGUGUUCAUGGAACGUAUUACAAAAUUUCGCCAAGCGACGUCUUCCUCGCAGACUUUCCGGGAACAAAGGGAACGUUUUAUUAUACAGCUUCGGGGUCGUCGGGGUCAUCGAGAGGUCUCUUUUUCCCGAGGGUGGUGACCACAUCGUCAGAAAUGUUUUGGUCGCAGGGUAACGAUCUCGAAAGUGUACUUCCAGUCGGGAAAGAUUUCAUUUUGGUGGGAAAAUUUGUUCUGGACGAAACGAUUGGAGAAAGUGCCCCCGCUGGAAAUGGAGGCAUCCAAGGGAGUCUCAUAGCAGGAAAACAUGCCAAAUCUUACAUCUUCCGACCAGAAGUUCUCGGUCAGUCCGGCUACAUUUCAAAGGCCUUUGCUGGGUCAAAGGGCAAGGUGUUGGGCGAAGACAAGGACGCCAACUUUGUGCCCGACUCGUCCGUCGACAUUUACGACCAUCCCGGAUGGAAGACGCAGUUUGAAAUCAUCGUCCCCAACGUGACGCUAAAAUACGACGAUGAAAUAUUUUACGGCAUGGGCAACUGUCCUCAUCGGAGUAAUCUUGGACCGAAUACGUUAGCCGGACUUGUUCGUGAGGAUGAAAUAAUAGAUUUUUACAUGGGCCUCCUCCGCACUUAUUGUCUCUCCGAGAGGAGGAAAUACGUCAAAACUUUGAUACGCGAGGGUUAUCUUCAAGUCAAAAAUAAACUCAUCGUGGUUCCAGAGAGUUGCAAGUUUCUCAAGCUGCCAAAACUGACGCAGAAGGAGACGGAAAAACUGUCGUCCGCUUUUGAACUGACCGUGUUUACCUUGACGUACGCUGACGCGGUGAAGAUUGGAGUCAACGAGGCUUCCGUCCUGACCUCGGAUGGUGCUCGGAUCUCUCGCUCGGUCAAGUAUCUGCUGGACAUGUCACUUCUCAACCUGAAAAUGUCUCGCGAAUUGGCUCAUCGUCACUCUGUCCGACUCUCGCGAAACCUAAUUACCUCGUUGACCACGGUAUUGACCAAGUUGCGCCAAGACAUCGACUCGAUCAAGACCUGCGACGGGUGCACCCUCGACCGCGACAUUAUCCACAACGAUUCCAUGCAAUUAAUGGGACUGACUCAAUUUGUUAUCCACGGUUUGUCCUCUGUCUCCGCUAAUGACGCCAUCCGCCCGGCAUUCGAAUCCUUCUACACCGCUCACAAAGACCUCAUCCACCGAAAAGUGGUCCAACUCAAUGAGGAUUAAUUAGAAUUAGGUUAAUUAAUUAGUCUAUAAAACUCGCUGGGACGUAAAACAGGCCGUUAAAUGGGAUCCCAGCAUUUAAUAUCGGAACUUAUUUAGUAUUUAGUUAAAUUAUCGUUAUUUAUUUAUCUAUUUAUUUAUUAUUUAUUGUGUAAUACCACUCGUUUGUGUUCACGAAAUUGUUAAAUCUACGAAAAAAGUGAGAAUUAAUUUGCGAAUAAAAUAAUGAUACAAUUUGCAGAAUUAAUUUACAUACUGUGGUACCUAUUUAUUUUUAUUCAAUUAAACAGAGCGAUGAUGAACAGGUAAUUGGUGUUGACUUUUAAAUCAUCAAUAAUUUGGGUAUAUUUAUUUAUCUACUACGUGAUUCAAGAUGACUGAAGAGGAAGAUUGGAGACUACUGCUCGUUCUGUGUUGUUUAUUGAUGAUGGCGACGACAUAACGUGGCGAAUUUAUUUUUUCUAAUGGGCGGCCACUUGAUC